AUGAAUAAGGAUAGGGACUUGGAGCUGACGACCCAGGCCGGAGAUGUUGACGAGGUCGCUGCCCAGGAGGCUAUCGACGACGAACGCGCCAAAGAGCAGCACGCACAUCCUGGAGGGACGCUCGAGCGAUACAUUAACCUUGUCUCCACCGUGAACUUUUCCUUCGUGCUGCAGUGCUCAUGGGAAGCCGCAGCAGUCACCUUUCAGUUCGCGCUUAGCAAUGGCGGUCCGGCGUCUAUCGUCUAUGGAAGUAUCCUCGCGGGAUUCGGAACCACGCUUGUGGUCACCUCACUGGCCGAGAUGGCCUCGAUGGACCCGACCGUUGGAGCCCAAUAUCGCUGGUCAGCAACGUUCGCUCCGAAAUGGCCCCGGUUCUUUGGUUUGAUGCAAGGAUGGAUCACUGUCUUCGCUUGGAUAUGCUCAUGCACCUCCAAUCCAGCCUUGAUCUCGAAUAUCAUCACAGGUCUCGUCAUUUUCAACAACCCUGACUACGUCCCCAAGCAAUGGCACACAACGCUGCUGAUGUGGGCAAUUACAUCGCUACCUUUCUUCGCCAACUUCUACUUCAGAAAGUUGCUGAACCCCUUUGAAGCCAUCGGCGCCCUUUUGCACGUCAUCUUCUUCAUCGUCAGCAUCAUCACUCUAGUAGUCCUCGCGCCGCGAAGCUCCCCCGACUAUGUCUUCAAGACGCUCACCCACGAUAGCGGCUGGCAACAGCCCAUCGUAGCCUUCGGCAUCGGCCUCCUCACCGUAGCCUACCCAUUAACAGGUUUCGGUACGCCAACCCCAUCCCCCCGCUGCUCCCCACACCACCAUCCCAGCCCCAUCGCAUAG